AGAGAAUCUUUUCAUUUUUAUUUUAUUUUCUUUUUUAAACAGAGUAAAAAAAAUUAAGUGUGUAUAUAUAUAUAUGAGAAAUGGGGAAACAAAUUAUCAAACAUAAUUACCAUUGCAUAGAGCAAAUUGUCUAAGGAUUAAGUAGUGUUAUCUGUUAAAUUAAUCAUGGCUUUUGCAUUAUUAUCAUCACCAUCACUUGUUUCAGUUUGUGACAAAACCUUUAUCAAACCUUUUUCUCUCACCCCUCCUACUCUUAGAUACCACAAACUCUCUUACAUUGAUCAAUUCUAUAGCAAUUUGUAUAUUCCUUUGGCAUUUUUUUACCCUAAAGUACAACAAAGAGAGGAGAAUGAACUAUCCCAUAUAGCACACUUGCUACAAACAUCUCUAUCAAAAACUCUAGUCUCUUACUAUCCUUAUGCUGGAAAAUUGAGAGACAAUGCUACUAUUGAUUGUAACGAUAUGGGAGCUGAGUUUUUGAGUGUUCGAAUAAAUUGUACCAUGUCUGAAAUACUUGAUCAUCCUGAUGCAUCUCAAGCAGAGAGUAUUGUUUUUCCCAAGGCCUUGCCUUGGGCGAAUAACUAUGAAGGUGGUAAUUUACUUGUGGCACAAGUAAGUAAGUUUGAUUGUGGGGGAAUAGCUAUCAGUUUGUGCUUAGCGCACAAGAUUGGUGAUGGAACCUCUAUGCUUAAUUUCGUUAAUGAUUGGUCUCGUAUGACUCAUAGUCCUAUGACAACAACUUUGGCUCCUAAAUUUGUAGGAGAUUCUGUUUUCUCGUCAAAUAACUAUAGUCCUAUUAUUACGCCACAAAUGUUGUCUGAUGUCAGUGAGUGUGUACAAAAAAGAAUCAUUUUUCCUACAGCCAAGUUAGACGCACUUCGAGCUAAGGUAGCAGCAGAAUCAGGAGUAGAAAAUCCAACUAGGGCUGAAGUGGUGAGCGCGCUACUUUUCAAAUGUGCAAUUAAGGCAGCAUCAAGUACAACUACUUCAAUGCGUCCAUCAAAGUUUGUUCACCUUUUGAACGUACGUAGUAUGCUGAAAUCUCGUCUACCUCAAAGUACCAUUGGGAAUAUCUUGUCCAGUUUCUCGACAACAGCAACUAAGGAAGAAGACAUUGAGUUGCCGGCGUUGGUUCGUAGUUUAAGGAAGGAAGUUGAGGAGGCGUACAAGAAAGAUCAUGUGGAACAAAAUGAAUUUAUGUUAGAAGUAGUAGAAUCAAUGAGAAAAGGGAAAAAACCAUAUGAUGAUGAAUAUGAGAAUGUGUAUUCUUGUAGUAAUCUUUGUAGAUUUCCAUUGUAUAAAGUGGAUUUUGGAUUGGGAAAACCUGAAAGAGUUAGUUUACCAAAUGGUCCGUUCAAGAAUUUUUUCUUCUUGAAAGAUUACAAAAUUGGUAAAGGUGUGGAUGCGCGGGUAAUGUUGGACAAACAACAUAUGUCUAAAUUUGAACGCGAUGAGGAGCUUCUUGACCUUAUUUCCUAGUUGGUUACAUGAUUUUAGGAUUUCAUUUGUGUUGUGAUGGCUUUGUUUUCCGUUCAUCUAGGGGUGGUUCAAUGAGAUUAGUGGCUUUAUGUAAAUGUUUAUAUUGAAUAAUAUUUGUAUUUUAUGUGUUACAUGUGCAUCUCGUAUGUUAGUUAGUAACCAUCUUGCUAUUACAAUGGAUGCUUUUGUUGUAACAAGAAUGAAGAAUUCAACAAUUUAUUUAUGUACUAAUAACUUUAUUUUUAGUAUUAAUCUUA